AGAGCGCAUUUUCAAUAUGGCGACCAGGUGGAGGCAAGAAAAUUUAAACUUAGAGAACGCAUAUUAAACAUGGCUGAACCGGAUAAUCAGGAACACCAUUAUCGCCAACAGCCUACAACAAGAGACGACUACAUCGCGUUCGCCCAAGCAAACGCGAAUUAUUGUUAUCAGUUAUCGUUAUGGUGGUGGAAUGUUUACAACGGCUACAAUCAGUCUUGGGGCAGUCAGCUUUCAGAUCAGAAUUGUGACUGUGAAUGUGCAGAAAGAUCUGUGACUGUCAGAUGCGACUGUGACUACUGGCAGGGUGAAGAUCAGAGUGAUCCCCGUUUGCAAAAAGAGAAUUCAUGCAGAGACUGUCCUGGUCAUCAAAUGUCAUCGUCUUUUAGUUCACAUUGUGCUAGUAAAAGUGGGAGCUCACAUUUUCCUUGGUGUCCCUGUGAUGAAAUAUUUACGGGAAUUGAUAAUGAUAAAUAUGGUGCCUGCAAUAAUACAUAUGAGGAUUGUGAAGAUGAUGAUGAUGUUGUUGUUGAUGAUGGUGAUGAUGAUGAUGAUGAUGAUGAUGAUGAUGAUGGUGAUGAUGAUGUUGAUGAUGACAAUAAUCAUGAUGAAGAUGAUGAGGAUGAGCAUAUUUAUUCCAACAAUGAAGACGAUUAUUAUGCCAGUGAUAAUAGUGGUAGUGAUGGCAAUGACAGUGACACAAAUAUGGAAGUUGAUGACAAUUUCAGAAAAUUCUUAGAACAAUCAGAGAGGCACAGACAAGAAAGGGAGCAAAGUAAGUUUUGCUAGCAUAUACAUGUAAGACACUUUUUGCAUGGACUAACUGUUUUCCCAUGUGUUCAUUGGUCAAAAGCUAUGAUCUUUCAGACUGCAGAAUAAUGCAGUGAUGUCAAAAAUUUGUUUUUCCCUGUCUUGCAAACAAAUUUCCAAGACACUUUGGUGGCAGAAAUUGAUUGAAACUUUCAGUAAAACAUUAUAAUGAUUAUACAUUGUCUAUUUAACAAUAUUAUUUUUCCCUGAGAAUGCAUUGGAUAUGCGAUGGUAGAUAGUCAACAAGAUGGGAAGGACCUACCGGUAGUUGGGUAUUGUCAUCUCACAGCUAGUUAUUUGUUGUUGAUACUCUCUUUGUGAAAUGAACAGGCCGUAGAUAAGUUUUGGUGAGUGGCUUUGAGAUAGCGUGAAGAACUAAUGCUUGUCUUCUUUGUAGCUGUUUGAGGAAUUUUUCCUUUAAGGUAUUAGAUCUGCUAUAAACCCUUUGAUUUGAAAAAUAUUUAUUUCUCAAAUGAUUAAAAAUUUUGCAGAAUAAAAAUUACACUGGCCUAUCAAGCGAGAGCUGAGCUUUCAGAAAAUUGAUAUCCGAGGUGUCAAUUUCCGAUUUAUCUCGCAUGCUCCAAAAUUCAAUAAUUCCGUAUAUCUGGCUUUCUCUCGAUCGCUAGGAAUAAAAAAAAUGGAACUGACUUCUACUUAGUUUGUUCCUUUAACUUUAAAUUCCUGGCAGUAGCCAGUAAAUUUUUCCUGAGAUAUAGAGGUAGAAUUUUUUUGUAAUGCCUUAUAACUUCAGGCCACCGCCAAAAUUCCAAAAUAUUCGGGAAUUGCUGGGAAUUUCAUACAUUUUUCCUUAACAUUAUGUGAAUAAACCUUGUAAGUUUCAACACGGUAUUAUAAAUCCUCAUCUUUUUACAUCAAUCUGUUUUAAGUGCACUCCAACUUGGCCACAAAAUUGCCCUUAAUUCACCCUUUUUGUCGUGCUGCACUGUUUUCUUUGUUGCCAUCUUCAAUUCUUACAAAUAAAUCACUGUUCUUAAUGUUUGUUGUGACACUGACCCGAUUGUAGCCACAAAGGUGGCAAGAAAAAACGAAAAUCUUCGUUUGAACUCCUUACAUGACGUGCUCUCAAUUUUGCAUCGUACACAAUGUUUUAUUCUUAGCAACGAGCUAAUUUGCAUAAUAGAUCAUUAAACUGCGGCCUUAUCUGUCAUCGACCUUGCAAGGAUCACAUAUCUAAUGCGACUCUAGAAGGCUUUUUACAGCCAUAGAAAUGAUUUAGAAAUAUCAAAACAAUUGUACUUCAUUUGGGGAAGCAAAAUGUAAGCGAAUUUUGCUAUAAUUUGCCCUGACUUACUUGAAACUCAUAACGCGUUUUUGCGUGUUGGGUUGUGAAAAUUGCAACAUUUCUGUCAACAAAAGAAAGUACGCAUCAGAUUAAUUUCAGCCCUGUGACUAUAAAUAUUUCCAAAAAAGCGCUCUUAGAUACUAACUUUGGCCUUCGUUUUCUCGGCUUAUAUUUAACGAAAAUGCUUCAUUUUGGGAAUUUAAGUUCAGGUUAAGAGUACAUUUUCAAAUAAGCAAUUUUAUAAGCAUGAUCAUUUUUUGACUUUACAGCAGUUCUAAUACCUUAAAAAUUAAGUUUUUAAAUAAAUUAUCCAUUUUCAUAUUUUGAUUUCCAGGAAAGCAAGAAGUGUUACAAGAGAAGGAUGAAUACAUUGAAGGUAACUGGCUAUUGAAACUAAUAGGAAUCUACAAUCCAUUGUUUGUUUUGACGUUACAUUUUUGGCUCCUUUCAAUUUUUUAUGAUGUCCCCGCAAAAAUAACCAAAAAAUUAUUAGGUUAGUGCUCCCUGAUGAAUUUUUUGUGGAUAUCUUCCUCAUAAUUCUACAGGAGUAUUAGUUUUUGUAUACAUGUAUGGGUAAAGUUACUAACUAAUAACCAGGGGUCUAGGGUGACCAUUUUGGCAGGUAUGCACACCGAUCCAUAUUCGUACAAAAUGAAGUUUUUGCUUUCCUUUCAUUCAUACACAUAUUUUGGCAGUUUACAGGCUUGUUUACCAUAGAAAAAAACAUUCUUUUUUAAGUUUGUACUGGAAUGUUCACAAGCACAAGGCGCCUCCCCUAAAUAAACAUCCAAAGUGCUGAAUAAUUCGCACAAAAUUGGAAUAAGAUGUUUCAUUUAAAUGCUAAACGAAAAUUUAGUAACACAUUUUUAUGUUAAGAAAGAUAGAUAACCUCUACUGACGCUUUUAUUUUUUUCCUUGUCACUCAAGAAAAAUGACCACUUAAAGCUUACCUUUUUGUGCAGAAAUUUGGAGUUAAAAAGCACCAGCUGGAAGAAUUGUGAAUUGUGUGUGCAGGAUUGUGUAAAUUUUCCACACGCUUAGUCCUUUGAUGACUUUUGAGUUUUUCCUUCAUUUCGAUCAUGAGCACGGAAAAGGAACAAACAAUGAUUAUUAUUGUAGUCAGCCUUUAUUUAUUUUUAGUUGUUAUGUAUCUCUAAUGUUUAUCAUUGAAAACAAUACUACAUCUGUUAGGGGUAAAUUUCCUGCAAAAUUCUUGUUGAUACCGUGCCACACGUGCACCUAAUAUUUUCCUUCAUCUUUAUCCCUCGGUUAUGGUUUGCAUGGUCUGUCUGGUCCAUGAUUUCCGACAUUAAAGUAGUCCGAGAUAAACUUUUUCGUCAUUUAUAUGUAGAGAGAAAACUAAAAAAUGAAGCUUUUGAAUGGGAAAACUUUCCAGAUAUUAAAAUCUUGAAAGCAAUGUUAAUCAGUCAGGAUCGAUUCUUUGUGGCGACAAAUGUGUUUACACAAAUUUCCCCAGUCCUCCUUUGUUUUUUGUUAAAACGCAGUGUAUUGUGGGAUCGUUUGAAGGCAAACAUUUCGUGAAUGUUUCACCACUCAAACUGUUGUAUUUUUCGUGUAAAAACGAUGCGGAAUAACAGCGAGAUGGACAGAAACAAAUCUGCACAAUAUAAGGUCAUGUCACGACACUACCAAUGACUUUUAUAACGGAAAAUCUUUCAAAAAAAACUCCUACCGAUUUCUCAAGUACAUACGUGCAUAUUUGCGUAAAGUACACUAUGCCCCUGAUAACUUCAGCACAGAAUUAACCUAAAACAGCAGUAGCCUCAUUAAAUAACAUCUUCAGUGUUUUNAAACGCAGUGUAUUGUGGGAUCGUUUGAAGGCAAACAUUUCGUGAAUGUUUCACCACUCAAACUGUUGUAUUUUUCGUGUAAAAACGAUGCGGAAUAACAGCGAGAUGGACAGAAACAAAUCUGCACAAUACAAGGUCAUGUCACGACAUUACAAAUGACUUUUAUAACGGAAAAUCUUUCAAAAAAAACUCCUACCGGUUUUUCAAGUACACACGUGCAUAUUUGCGUAAAGUACACCAUGCCCCUGAUAACUUCAGCACAGAAUUGAUCUAAAACAGCAAUAGCCUCAUUAAAUAACAUCUUCAGUGUUUUAAGUGACUAUACACACAUUUUCAACUUCAAAAUGAUAGUCUUUUGUACGUGUUUUUUAUCUGUCCUGUUAUCAUGUCCAAUGACAAGUACAGUACCACUCAAAAGUAAGUUGACAGUCACUUGCACCUCGAUCCUCGAGACUGGAGACUCCAGGCUCCAUCCUCAAAACUUUUGAGGAUGCAAGAAAGUUAGUUCGGACUGGUCAAAAUUUCUUUACUGCUGGCUUUGAUUCUGGCAAACCCAGACGUUGUCAAAAGUGAAAACAGUUUCAGCUUGAUUUACACAAACAUCAUCAUUCCUUAUUUUUUGUAUCUAUUAGAAAAAAUGGUUCACAACGUAUUUUGAACUGGCUCUGAGUACAAAAUUAUGCACAAUUUUAUUGUUUAGAUCUCAACUGGUGAUUGGCUUAUUUCAAAAUUUGUCUCAUUUUUGGUCUGGGUGGCCUCAGUUCACAUGGUCGCACUGUAACUCAGUUGCCAAGGGAACUGAGUUAAGUUGGGGCAUUGCUGUGGCAAAUAGGUUUCCUAUUUAAAUAGUGAUUUUUUUUUUUUAUAUGCAAUAAUAAUUAUUAUAUUAGCUUGUCUGUACUCACCGCCUGGUAAUCUUAAAAAAGGCACCAUUCUUAUAAAAUGCUUACUAAAGUGGCUAGGGAUGCAUUUAUCUAGAUAAAAUAAUGUGUAUGGAAUGAAUUAAAGACAGAGAAUUCCCCUAGAUUAGAAUGUGAUACAACGUAUUGUUUACCUUUAACAGUUGGAUCAAUCCACCUCAAUACAACCACAAGUGCCCCAUCAGAACAACCUGGUGCCAAGAGGAAAGAAGAAAUGAAUGUACUUUAUGGCAAACAUGCCCCCCUUAUAAUGUCACUUGAGGCAUCACUUCAGCUGAACUAUGAUAAGAACUGUGAUAUAAGACAGCCUGUUUUCUGGCCGAGCAUUCCCCUGAAGUUUUGA